GGAAACGAAAGGGAAAGAUCAUUAUUCGAUAUUAGCCUUGAAACGCACAAGUCAAGAUGGCCUUCACCGACGUGAUUCUCGCCCCGUACGCUACUGCCAAAGAUGUCGCGCAGAGUAUGAACCCCGUGAUGCUGGCCGCGCUUGUCGCCAUCGUCGUGGUCGUCAACGUGGUCGCGGCGAAGUCUUGGCAGGCACACCGCAGCCGUCUCGAGUACAGCCCCUUGCUGUAGACGCUUAAAUUCCCAGAUUCGACGCCCAGGACAAGCAGCGCGCGACCAGAGACAGAACAGGUGCUGGGGCGGGCGUAAUUUUCUAAUGCAGAAAACCGAAAUGGCUGUAGCGAAAUAAAAGGCGCAUACUUCGCUCUGCUGUAACCAACGUCGAACGUUUACUUCAUUGACAGUUUGACUUGUUCACUCAAGCUUUUUCUUU